AUGGACGGGUCAACUAAGUACAUACCACCACACAGCUCUCGAGGUGGCCGCCGUGGCUACGAUUCCAUUCGAGGCGGAGGUCAGCGCAACGUCACACCCAACAGAGACGCCAGCGCACAGCAGAAUCGGAGAGGAGGCAAACUACAGACACAACCAAAUGUAGCCAGAACGCCCUCGCAGCAGCAGCUGCCGCCGCAACAGUCACAGUCUCCGUCAGUCCAGCAAGCACCAACACCACCGAAGCCUGCCGAGUCACGUAGUCAGAACGGUCCUCCUACACAGCUAGUAGCGCAAGAAUUGCCACCAUACGACUUCAACAGAACAGAGGUGCAGAGUCUGCUAGAGCAAAGCACUGUCGACAAUAUUCCCACGUACAAGCCUAAGACAGGUGUAGAGUCCGCCAAGAGUGGCAAUCCAUGGGCAGCCAAGCCGGGCAUGAUGGCAAACAACAAGGACUUCUGGCUCGAACUACGCUGUCAAAUCACAACUUCACAGAAACAGCAACAGCAAUCCCCACAGCCCAGCGGUCCACCAGCGCGCGGCGGCUGA